CUACCAAGAGCACUUCGACCUGCAAGAAAAUCACAAAGUAUGGACAUGGUAGGCGAAAAUCCGGUUUCGUCGUCUCCUUCAUCUGGGUGGCUUCUAUGUACCUCCGUAAACAAUGUUAUAGUCCUCAAUUCCGGCCACAGGGGAGAAGUACCAAGCAUCAAGGCUUGUUUGUCGCUAUUCAAGAGAAGGCGCAUCAGGGACGUUCGUAAGUCGAUGGGUACUGAAAGAUUGCUGAUGGCAGGAGUUGAGCGCAGGAGGUACAAGUCUACGUCACUAGGUAUUCUGCAGCCAGAUAGCUGAAGAGAGUGCAAGCGUUGGAAAUGGGUUGGGUAUGAUUCUGUGAUAUGUUUGGAAACGGAUGAUACGGCGGCUGCAUUGAAGUCAACGAGCGACAAAGUCUGAAGGUUGGGCACAGAAAUAAGUUUAAAGAACCCUGAGACGCGGGAACCAUUGAAGGGUAUGUUUCCGUGUAUGUUUCCGUGGAGGGACAAGUCUUGGAGUGAUAGUAGUUCAAUAGUCGGUCCACUAAAGUCCCGUUCGAGACCGCUGAUUGACCCUGUGACAUGAAGAGUGGUUAGUGAUUUGAAUGACGUCAUGAUGCGAUGGAAGGAGUCGCGAUCAAGAGAGUGUCGCGUCACUGGAGAAUGCGAAACGUUCAAGGAGACUGCCUGUAAUUUUGGGAAAGAAACUGGGAUGCUAUCCACAUGUACCUCAGCUAGAAGGGGAGCUCCACCUGCAAAAAUUGGACAGUGGGGAUAAGGUGUUGUCGUAUCCUGACAAGU